AUGGUCCUAGAAUAUACGGUGGCCGAGAUUAUUUAUUCCGCAGCCUCUAUCAAAAAGUCCAACGAGGAGAGCGACGACGACGCUCCUUCCACAUUCACCACCUCUGGGACUCUGACGCCAUUCCUCUAUCCCUUCCUCUGCAGCACCACGACUCCUCGAACCCUCCCGCGCCUGGCUCAAAAAUGCUUCUCCCGCCAGCAACCCCCCCGACACCUCUCGACAACCCCCAGAGCCCUCUCAGCAGACUCCGACCCUCUCUCAAGCGUCCCAGUGCACCUCAAUAACCAACCCAUCUCGCACCUCAACCCCCCACCCUCCGACUACGGCCGCACCAUCUUCUCCGACCGCGCCACCGUCCACCUCCACGCCGGCGACGGCGGCCACGGCUGCAUCUCCUUCCUGAAAGAAAAAUACAUCGCCGCCGGCCCCGCCAACGGCGGCGACGGCGGCUACGGGGGUAGCAUCUACAUCCAAGCCGUCCGGGGGGAGACCUCUCUGCACAAGCUCGCGCGCCGCAACAUCAUCAAAGCCGGGCGCGGCAAGAACGGGCAAGGCAAGACCCGCGGCGGCGAGCGCGGCGACGACGUCGUCAUCCAGGUCCCUGUCGGCACUGUGAUUCGCGAGAUCGAGCGCGUGGACCCGGUCUCGAAUGAGGAGCUGAAAUUGCAGUUCCAGGGUGAUGCGCCGGAGGGGGAGGUGCGCGAGCAUGCUGGGCCGUAUAAAUGGGAUCGCGAUAAGUGGCUGCUUUACCCGGCCAUUACGCCGGAAGAUAUUGCAACUGCUGACUUCCCGAGUCUCCCGAAAGCGCGCCGCUCUCAUCUUGCUUCUGCGCAGGAGAUGGCUCCGAUAAACCUAGACCUUAGCCAGCCGAUGGAGAAACCCAUUCUCCUUGCUGCCGGCGCCGUUGGCGGUCUCGGAAACCCGCAUUUCGUGUCCCAGGGUGCCUCGCGCCCGAAGUACGCCACCAAGGGCUCUGAGGGGUUGCAUAUCACACUCGAGCUCGAGCUGAAGCUACUCGCAGACGUAGGACUCGUCGGGCUACCCAACGCAGGCAAAUCGACACUUCUGCGCGCAGUCAGCAACUCGCGCGCCCGCGUGGGCAACUGGGCUUUCACGACGCUACAGCCUAACAUCGGAACUGUGGUGCUGGACAACCACAAGGGCCGCCCAUUGACCGUGUCAAGCUACGAGACCGGCGAGCCACGCACGAAUUACACCAUUGCGGAUAUCCCUGGUCUAGUCAAAGACGCGCAUCUCGACCGCGGCCUAGGCGUCUCCUUCCUGCGCCACGUCGAGCGCGCGCGCGUCCUCGCAUUCGUAAUCGACCUCGCCGCCGGCGACGCCGUGACAGCGCUGAAAUCCCUCUGGCGCGAAGUCGGGAUGUACGAGCGCAUGAAGAUCGAAGAGGAAGCCGCGAAAGAGAAGAAAGAACAGAUUGUGAAAUGGAGCCCCAUGCAGCCUAGCCAGGACGAGGACGAGCCUCGUGGUUCGAGCUAUCACGAUAAAGUACCCCGUAGCGAGGAUGCCGGGGGGAUUGCGAGUAAACCUUGGUUUGUGGUGGCGAGUAAGGCGGAUUUGGAGGGGUCGCAGGAGAAUUAUGCUAAGUUGAAAGAGUAUUUGGAGAGGGUUACGAAGGGGGAGGAGGAGCAUCCUAGUGGGCAGAAGGAUGGGUAUGUCAAGGACUUGGUUGCGUUGCCUAUUUCUGCCAUUAAUGGGCAUGGGGUUGAUGGGAUCACGAAGUUGGUUGUGGGUAUGCUUAAUGCGUAGACCGCGCCGGGAAGGAAGGAUGGGGGAUAGAUGUACGAUAUUGUACAGUACCAUAAAUUUGUAUAUAAUGUAUGAUAGAUGUCAUUAAUCAGGCGAACCACAUACGGUUUAAAUCAACGGAGUCACAGUUGCAUAG